UUUUUCACUCUCUCUUUUGUGUGUCUGUUUUUCUGCUUAUCUUCCUUAACUAGUCAAUAUUUGUGAAAAAUACUUGUGGAUUCGAAUCCAUCGGUGGCUAAUCUAAUAUCUAAUAUAACAAAAUAUAUCAUUUGACAAAAACAAAUAAAAUAUUGGUGAAAAAUACUGAACUAACAGGGGAGAAAAAUGGUAAAAAAAAAAAAAAAAAAAAAACUCAGAAAAAGUAACCAAUCAUGUUGUUAAGUAGAGUAAUUCAUGUUUGAAGUCAGUCUACAAAACCUCUACUUUGAUUUUGUUGAUAUCCGGGUCUUAAAGCAAAUUUAAACCAACGAUGAUCCCAACUCCUCAUCUAACCUUAUUUCUUGUUCUACUUGUUAAUUUAGUAGGAUAUUUUAGACAUUUUCCCAUGCUUUCAAACGUUAAAGAUUGGAAAUUUCGGUCCCAAGUUUUCGAAAUAUUAUCCAGUUUUUGUUUCCCUUGAUGGGAAGAUGAAAAAUGUCAAGAAAAAUCGACAGAGCAUCACUAUUGGUUCAACAACGGAGAAAAUGGCAAGAAUGUCCAAGGAGGAGAAGAAGCCUACCUUCUUUCAGAUUAUUUGCAAAGGUUUCAACACUGAAAAAUUGACUGUCCCGCGAAAGUUCUUGACACAUGUACUGAAGGAGCUGUCCGAGAGAGCAAUUUUGAAAUUGAAAGGUUCUUCAGAUUACUCAUGGACUGUCAAUGUGACUAAAACACCAAAAGGUGCGGUGCGUUUCAAUGGUGGCUGGCAGGAGUUCUUGAAGGAUAACUCCUUGGGUCACGGCGACUUUUUGGUGUUCACUUAUGAUGGAAAGAUGCAAUUCAGUAUAGAUAUAUUCGACAACACUGCGUGUCACAGAAUUGAUGACAAGAUCAACCCCAAUUCAAUCAGCUCUUCUGGUGACGAUUCGGUUCAAAACCUUUCAAGUUCCGAAUCCAGUGAGUUUGAUGAGAGUACAGAAGAGGAAGAAGAUGAAGAAGACGACAGUUGCAAGGACUCGGAAGCUACCUGCGAAGACAACGUAUCUGAGGAUUCAGAAGCUACUCAGACUGAAUCUUUCAAAUCUAACUUUCCUCAUUUUGAAUGUGUCAUCGGAGAAUCUGUGUUCGUCCCUUCAGCGUUCUCCAGGAAGCAUUUCCCCCAAGGGAAAAGUUUUGAGGUGAUCCUGAAAAAUGCAAAGGGAAAGAAAUGGGAAGUUAAAGCCUACCCUGCCAAUGGAUCGCACUUUUUGUCGAAAGGGUGGCCUGAAUUUGCAUCUGCUAAUAAGAUCAUUAUCGACAGUACUUGCAUAUUCGAGCUUUUGAGGGCUAACACAAUGAUGGUUCACAUUGUUUAGACAGAAUCAAUUAAGCUGUUAACAAUAUGGCAAUUUAAGUAGAGCAUGCUUUAAGUAGUGCACUUGGCUGUACUCGUAUUUUCUGAAUGCUGUAGUGGACGUUGGUUGUACUCUAAAUAGUUGUGUUUCAGACUAAUUAGUUUGAUGUUGGUGCAA